UCCGGUCUUCCAACUUGUGUUUGCCUUCAGGCGAUACUUCUCAUCUCUCACAGUUUGUUCUGGCGCCAAAUCACCCCACGAUUUGUGCUGCAACGUCUUUGUUUGCCCUCUGCACAGUCACUCGUUUAUGUACGGAAGGUGAAGGAUGUGGAGGUACGCCCUGUUGGGGGCCGGGUCGCUCGCGGCCGCCUCUAACAGCCACCCAAACAACGCAAAAAAUGGCAACUUUUCAGUUUCAGCAGAGUCUGGCAGCCGUUCAUUAGCAGGCGAGAUUUAUUCCGCAGCAGACGCAGCGCCGUUCCCAACCCCCGCGUUGGUUCAAGGCAGCAGCUCGGUGUCUAAUGGCCCUACAAGUGGUGUUCCAAAUUACUCUGCAUCUGAUCUGGUGCCAUCCUACGACGUUACUACCGUCAAAGUGGUACAGAUAGAGACCCAUUCAACCUCCCUCUACGCAUCCAUACCAUCCUCAUCGGACACUUCAUCUAGCUUUGAACCUGUAGCAUCAUCGAUAUCUGUGAAGGCCGAUUCUUCUACCUGGAGCUCACGUCAUUCUACGAGAAUCAGCGCACACGCACCCUCACAAGCACUGUAUCCCUACCAGAACGCCACGCGGACUUCGAGCGGACGGACUUCGACAAUCACCCCAAUAUUCAGAGGACAGUGCACUGGUUGUGCUCUUGCCGCACUGAAUCCAGUGACGACUUCCUAUGAAUCAAAUAUCUUUGGUAACUGGACAAGCUUGGUAGUGACUGAAACUAUUCUCACGGAGUUCGUCACGUACGUCGACAACUCAACGGUCGAUACCGUCGUCACCGAAAUCAAGACCGUGAACCAGACGAAGACUGCCAAUGGCUACAUUACUGACACAGCUGCCGAGUUUAACAUCUAUCUGCCGUCUCCCGGACUAGACCUUACUUUGGAUGUGGGACCGACGUAUGUGAUCUAUACGAGCCUAUAUGGUGGACCCGAUGUGCAAGCCCCAACAACAGCACGGAACAAUGCAACGGAUAGCAAAUUGGAGCCGACACAUAGCACUUGUCGGCCCCAUGUUAAAAGUCUGAGCGCUUGGUUACCGACUCGCACUCAGGACUGGGACUUUUUCAUUCAGACCUUCGCCAAUGGAUCGACGCCGGAGCCAACAACUGUGAACAGUGCUGUGACAUUACCUACCAAACUCCAAGACUUUCUAGCCCAAGACCCAGAUCUUCAGUUGCAUUUUCAGGGUGCAGAUAUUGCUACCUGUACCUUGGCAUUAAUCCCGGAAGAGUUGAUUGGAGAUCCGAGCAGAACAUUUCUGCCUCCAGCUCCAUCAGCACCUGCUCUAUCAGAACCCGUACCGACGUCAGCCCAGGCAACAAGUACUCAGGCAGCAGCAACGUCGUUUUCACCCCCUGCCUUCUCAAGCGUUGUAGGUACCAAUACGUUUCUUCAGACAACUUUCGAAUCGACCUCUAAGCACAUCACCAAGCUAGGUUGUCUGAGGUGCGACACGAAUGCAGGCGACCGACCAGAGAAGACUCCAAAGCCGGACCUCAACACGGACAAGAUCAAUAACGAUCCCGCCUCUAUCAAGUCGCCCGAACCCAAGAAUGAUAAUCCAGCAAAGUCGAACGAUAAACCAGGGCCUGACGGAAGCCCGAAAACUGACAGCAAACCUCAAGAUCGGCCACAGAACACGCCGCAGAACCCUUCAAAGCCAGAUGUGAAGACGACACCGAGUAUACCAGAGUUUAUCAGCUCGGUAAUUUCGGACAACCCUAAUCUUACAAAAGAUUCCCCAGGCCAGCCUACCGAUACAGGACAUACAAUUACUAUUGGAGGCAGUGUAGUUACUGUGAAGCCUCAACCGACAAAGCCGAGCCAAGGUGGACCUGACCAAGAAGCCAAUGCACCUACGAUGGUCAUUAUCGGUACUCAAACGUUGACAGUUGGUCAGACCACAACAAUCAAUGGUGUUACUAUCGUUGUGCCUACUGCAGGAGGAGGCUCGACCAUCAUAGUUGGUGACAAGUCCAUUGGCAUCAAUCCUCACGUAACUCAAGCUCCGAUGCCAGUCCUCACUGUCGGGUACAGCACGAUCACUGCAAAUCCUGAAGGGCAGUUCGUUAUAGGCACACAGACACUGCAUCGAGGUGGCCCUCUUGUGGUACUAGACGACAACACCCUCACUUUGGGACCAAACGGGAAGAUCGCAAUAUGGAACAGUGCCACGCAAACCCUCCUGACCAUGAAUGGCCAACCUGCAGCAACAUUCGGCGGGCAGGGGAUCACUGCAAAAGUACUCGGUGGGCCAGGGAGCGCAGUCACUGUCGACGGCACGAUUUUCAGUCUUCCAUCUGGAUUCCAUGGCUCUAGCAUCGUCAUCAAUGGCCAGACGCAGCGCCUCGGCCCUGUCACAGCAACAGUAGCGAGUGGGAUAACCGAAUAUGUUCUCGCGCCGGGCCAGACACUCACACCAGGCGGUGAACUCACCUUUAGCGGCACAACAUACAGCCUGCCUGUCGAAGGGCAGGGCUCAACCAUUGUCAUCAAUGGCGCAACAUCGCGCCUCAACCCCUCGCACCUACCCGUUCUGCCCCUGAAUAAUGAAGAGGUAACCGCGACCGUUGCCCACGGCACCACGGCUUUCGUCUUCGGCCCUGAUCAGACACUCACGCCCGGUGGUGUGAUUACCGUUUCAGGCACUACGUACUCUCUUCCCGCCUCCGCUUCAGGCACAGUCGUAAUAAUCAACGGGGUGACAUCCACACUCGCACUUGGAUCAGGCAUGGGCCCUAGCGUCUCUGCAGCUCCAAUCGUUGUAGACGGGCAGACUAUCACUGCAACUACACGCGACGGGACUGUCGAAUACGUGCUAAACUCUGCCACAACGCUAUUUGCAGGCGGUCAGGUGGUCAUAGACGGCACUACGUAUUCUCUCGCACCAGGAGGGACGGGGAUAGUUGUGAAUGGCAAGACGAGCGUGCUUUCAAGUGCGCCUGCGAGUAAUACCGCAAGCACGACAAGCAGCGAAACGACGAGCGAUUUUAUUGCGACUGGGAACUUGGCCUAUAGCGGGGGAGCAGAUAAGUGGGUGGAGAGUUUGGUGAUAGGUGCAGCUGGAUGGCUGUUGUGGUUGGCAUAACGGAGGAAAUUAGCGAUUUAGAUUUUGCAUUCAGCGCGGCGUUCGGAAAUUCUUGGGUCGGCUGUUGCUCAAAGGACAUGUUUGCAAAAUGGGCCGUUACACGAGGGUCAAUGGUUAUUGGCAGGGGGUUUAGAUAGACACAUGGGUUUUAAUCGGAGACAUUACUUCUGAGCAAUAGGCUUGAUAAUUGCUUACUGUUAGGUAGCGAUGGAUUGACAGGUACUUAGUAUACAAUAUGUAAA